AAACUUUACCAAUUGAAAUGAUGACCAUUCCCUCUUGCUUGAGUUUCUGGAAUUACUGCAUUCUAGAAAUAACUUGUCCUAUGAAUGUCACGAAGAUGAAACCCCAACACGGCAAGCCCCUCUGUACGCACAACAGUCAUAAGUUUGACAGUGCUUGUACCACGCAGUGUGACAGAGGAUACAAUGUCAAGACAGUGAUGUUUUCGGUGUGUCAGAAUGAUAGAACGUGGUCCUCAAAACUGCUGGAUUGUGAAGACUCAGAACGGCCAGAAAUCAACAACUGUCCAAACACUAUUUACGCCUAUACUGAUCGUAGCAAACAUACAGCUACUGUAAAUUGGACAAUCCCAACAGCCACUGACAACUCAAACAAAGUCACAAUAAAAAGGACAAGAGGGCCGGCACCAGGAUCUUCUUUUAGAGUAGGACUAACGGAAAUACGCUACAAAGCGACUGAUUUAAGCAAUAAUGAAUCUCCGGAGUGCAUAUUUUUCGUUGCAGUUGAAGAGGUGCGGUGUGUCCCACCAUUGAUAACAGAUCGAUACAUGACAUAUCGGUGCCCUGAUGGCUUUACCUAUGGAUCCGGUUGCCGUCUUGAGUGCAUGGGCAGAUUUCCUCUUGUAGGAAAUGAAGACAUUGUAUGUGAGAGGAAUUCCACGACUGACCCUCCGCGUGGAUAUUGGGAUUAUGGAGGUGUUAAACCCUACUGCAAACGAAUACCGUGCCAUGACUUGCCAGCUCCCAUCAAUGGUGCAAUAUCAUGUGAUACGUGGAUGUUCGGGAGACAAUGUCAAAUGCAAUGUUCUGACAAAUAUGACAUACCUGCUCUAGGUCCUACAGCUUUCAAUGGUGUUUUCACCUGUUCUGAAAAACAGGGUAUCUUUAAGCCUGUAAACAUUGUUCCUAAUUGCACUGAAAUUAGACUUCCAGGACAUAUUGAAACAUUGGGUGAGUUUUUUUACUACACGGGGACAUGUGGGGAUGGAACGGUUUUGGAGCAGAUUAAAACGAAUUUCAUCAAGCAAAUGGAAUAUUUAGAGAAGAACGGAUUUGCUGGUGUUUGCUCCGACUCAAAUCAAUGCAAUGUUGGAAAUGUCUCUGUAACUUGUGGACCCAGUUCCACACGAAAGCGGAGAUCUUCAGACUCUAUUAUAAAUACCUUUCGUUUUAAAAGGGCUGGCAGUGACAUUCGGGUAGAAAUAAGACUGUUUUCCGUCUGGCGGAAUUCGAAUUCUUCCAGAUCAGACUCCUUUGAGUUUGCCAAGGAAAUUCAAAAGCAGAUGUUCGAUCAAGUGCAAAAUUUAAGUAGGACUGGAAAGCUAACGGUGAAUGAACUUGUCCCAGAUUCUGGGAGUUUCAUGCUUGGUUAUUCUGCGCCAGUAUGUCCAGAAGGCUUAUCCAUCCGUAUGACUACCCUUACAUGUGUACCUUGUACAAGUGGUUCAUAUCUGACUGUCAACCAUAGAAGAAAGCCCGUUUGCUCACCUUGCCCCAAAGGUUCCUAUAAGGAGAACGAAUUUGACGUACUUUGUACACAAUGCCCAGACGGCACUUACACAGAGGAAUUUGGCAGCACACAUGUAUCAGAUUGUAUAGAUAUCUGUCAUCCAGGGGAAUAUUCCAAUACUGGAUUAUCUCCGUGCACACCUUGUGACAAAUCGACUUAUCGAAAUACUUCGAUGUCAACAAAAUGCAUUCAAUGUCCAAAAGACAUGGCAACAGCAUUUACAGGGAGCACAAACGAAAGUAAUUGCUCCGACUUUGAUGUAGUGUUUAAACAACAUGGGCGCAAAAUUGAACUGAAGAAGUCUUCAAGAUCUGGUGUUUCCCUUGGUCUAACCAUAAUGGUCUGGAUUAAAUCAUCUGACGUCACAAUGGAGAUGACAAUUUAUCAGUCCCGAAGUUUCAGUGUUAAAAUUCAAGACAAAAUUCUAAUCGAGAAAGCAAAAUUAAGAGAGUGGAUGCCAACAGGUGUAUCUAUACAGAAUGGAACAUGGACGCAUGUUGCGGUGGUAAUACAGAAAACCGAUCCUGUCGUGUCUGUGUUUAUUGAUGGAAAACAAGAAUUCAUUUCCCGAAAUGGUCUUCUCGUUUCUGAUGCAGAAUUAGCAGUGGGAUUAGAUGAUGCUAACAUGAUGCUUAAUUCUGAGACAAUUUCAGGUGUGUUUUUAAGUGGAUAUCAAGUUGUGCCUCAGCCAUUUUCUAGAGAUCAAAUUGUCCAGGUAGCCAAGACGUGCAGCAGCAAGUCAGCGCAAUCAAUUAUAAGCAUGGAAGAUCUGAAAAAUGCAAAUCCAAGUGGAGUAGAAAUCAUUGUACCCAGUCAAUGUGAUAAUGUAAAUGAAUGCCAGAGCAAGCCUUGUCAUGGUCAUACGUGCAUUGAUAGAAAAAAGGGGUAUACCUGUCAAUGUCGGAACGGCUACUCUGGAAUUAAUUGCGAAGAAAAACCCGACUUCUGUAAACACGAGCCAUGUCAGAAUGGUGGGAUAUGUACUAAUACAGAUGGUGGUAACUACAACUGUUCAUGCGCUGAAGGUUUCAAGGGCACAAGAUGUGAAAAGAAAAUUGCGAACGGUGGUUGGAGCACUUGGAGCCAGUUUUCUGAUUGUUCUGUGUCCUGUAAUGGUGGAACAAAAGUCCGAACGAGAGUUUGCAAUAGUCCACCUCCUGAUCCAGAGGGCAUUCCUUGUAACGCUUCUGAAGCCACAGAACAUGCGUCCUGCAAUUCAGAAAAAUGUCCCUCUUGUUCACAUUUACGAAGGCAGUUUGGAAAUAUAUUACAUUGUCAACGCUCAAUUGAUGAUCAUGAAGUAUGCACAGUAACUUGUAGACCUGGAUAUUCCUUUGUUCCUGGACAUAUUCCAUUACCGGAAUAUACGUGUGGCAGAAACACUUCAUAUAAAUGGACAGGAACACCUCCUGCUUGUGGCGAGGUAGACAUCCCGGAGCAAAUCUCAACGAUAACUGUGGUAUCUUAUAAAGAUCCAAUACCAUGUGAUAAAGCAUCACAAGCAUCUCGGAAUCUCCAACAAAAACUGGAAUCCUCCUUGCAAUGUGCAAAAAAUAAAACAUGCACAUUAGCAGUCGAGGCAAAGGAAUGCUUGUCAGAUCAUAGGAGGAAAAGGUCAGUGUCCACGCAUUCUCAUCAUGUUACUUUAACAUCGGCAGUCAGUGAGAAGAUUGACGUGGAGACCAUUGCGAAAACGCAAAAACCAAAUGAUGCGGCGAAAAAAUUCAUGUUGGGAGUGUCGGAACUAGAGUUAUCCGUCCAACAGCUAAAUUCAUCAGGCGACAUGUUAAAUCUAAACGUGAAUGGGACAAUCUUCAUCUCUACUGGUCAAAUAACCAAAUCAGUGAUUCAUUGUCCAAGUGGUCAAGGAAGGGUUUUAUUUUUCUGUGCGAACUGUCCUCCCGGUACCCACUCGUCGUCUGGAGAAUGCGUUCUGUGUAGUAUUGGAACGUAUCAAGAUGAAGCUGGACAGACGGAGUGUAAAAGAUGUCCACUAGGAAUGACCACCAAAUACGUUGGGAGCCAAGACCAGAUAGACUGUGCUGUUAAGGGAGAAGACUCAUCCGAAAGAAGGGAUUUGUCUCGGGGAAACGCUGAUGAAAACAAGACCCUUAUAAUAAUUACUACGACCAUCAGUGUGUUAAUUUGUCUCGGAUUAGUCAUAGGAUUCAGCAUAUUUGGAUACAAAAAAUAUCUCAGACUCAGACGUAGACGCAAUUCAAAAGCAAACGGAAGUCUGGCGUCUCUAAGCAUGGUGUCUCCAAGCAAGUACACCUCACGUGACUAUAUACCAAUGGAAUCCAAACCCAAGUUUUCUAUGUAAUAUUACAUGUCAAGGUCUUGUAUGACAUUGAAGACCAUUGGUUUCCAUGUAUCAUUGAUUAUUUCGUAUAUUUCUUACUUUAAAUGAUUUAGAUAUAAAUUGAGUAAUAGAAUUGAUUGAGUGAUUAACGCAAAGAAGAAUUGACAGAAUUUGUAUAUAUUUAUGUGUGUGUACUAUUACUAAUGUUAAUCAUUCAAUAUGCGAUAAGCUGUGAUUUCAUAUCAUAAAGCAGAGAUAAACAAAAUUCAAAAUGGU